UUUUAAGCAAAUCGUUGACGUCAACCAUCUAGUAAAAGCACUUGCCAGUGUCUGUGACGAUUUCUGAGGGACAUUUGAACUUGUUGAAAAAUAAGGAGCUUGGUUAUUCCUUACGUAUUGUUACCAAUCACGAUAUGAUAAGCUUUGUGAAGAUUGAAAUCAGUAGUAUGUUGGUGUAUUGUUACUGUGCCCGCUCAUUUGGGGUACCGGAAAUUAAACCUUUUUGAAGGCGUGGCAUUAUGUUCAUUAAAUUGUUCAACAUUCAUUGAUUAUUUUAUUAUUAUUAUUUUUAAAUUGAGAUGGAACACUCCAAGGCAGAUAGUCGUGCAGUUGUCGAAGCUGUUGAUGCUGCGGAAGAAUAUGUCCAAAAACUGGAAGACCUACUGAAAACCCUUACUGAAGCGGAACAUCAAGUGAAACACAGUGCCAAACAGGCAAGAGAUGAUGUCAAUUUUGCUUUGGACACACUAGCAGCAGCAUUCACAAAUGCUUUAAAGCAAAGACGAAGUGCUCUUCUUGAAGAAGUGGAUCGUUUGUGUAGUGAAGGACUGGCACCUCUAACUGAAUGUAGAGAUCUGAUUACCGCUCAAAUGCAAGUGGCUCACAGCUAUGCUAAUGAAGGGAGACAUUCUCUGGAUGACAGUAACAAAUUUCCAUUAACUGAAAGCUGGGAUGACUACACUCACUCGUUUGCAGAGCGUGGUGCUGCAUUUCUCGGAAGGUUGCCAGCAGUCCCAAACUUGGAAGAUGUUCCUGGUGUGCAGUUUGAAUGUUGCCUGCAUGCUGUUGAAGCUGAUUUGGCGCAUACUAUCGAGAGGGUUGGCAGCGUGUCACGUCUUGGGCCUGUCCAAAUUUGUGCUGUUGAAGAAAAACCUGGAGCUCUGCUCGUCCAUUGGCAGCAGGUAGAGACAGAGAAACCUGCAGAAAUUGGCUCUUUUCGCUUACAACGAGCUUACGGAGAUGUACGUGGCCGUCGUGAGUUAGAGGCCAACUUCCAUGACGAGUAUGUGGGACCAGAAUGUCAGUACCUUAUACGCAAUUUACGUCCAAAGGAACCAGUCACCUUGAGAGUAUGUUGCCGCGAAGACAGUGAACUUGCACCGUGGAGUGCUUGGUCUGUGUUACAUGUUGCUGCCACCUCACUACCACCAUUUUGCUGGGAGGAAACAAAUCAGAAUUACAUUGUAACGAAUGAGAAGCAGCUGGCAACCAAAAGCACUGCAGAACCAUCUGUCCUUUUUUCAUGUGGACCACAGUUUGGACCAGGACAUGCAGUGGAAUUCACUGUUCUGGAAUGCGGUGCAGGGUGUAGUGAUGAAGGUCUUGCUCUUGCUGAUCAUCAUUUAAUCGAUGAAAAUCUUCUACAACCUGGAGUAAUCUUUGUUAAUGCACAAGGAAGUGUAUUUGUGGAUGGCAAGGGGAAGACUACCAAACUGCCUCCAUUGGAGAAAGGUUCAAAACUAUGUUUCACAUGUGAACAUGUCCGCAAUAGUAAGGUCCGUAUCCAUAUUGACAGUGGUAAUAAGACUGUAGCUUAUGACUGGAAUGUUACCAGUCCACUGCACAAACUAUUUUUUGCUAUCUGUUUUGGGCAAGUUGGUUGGAAAGUGCUGGUUGAGUGAGGGAGUGUGGUAAUUACAGGUCCAGUUACAAAAAUAAAAUUAAUGAAUUUAUACUUUUUCUAAAAUUAUACAUCUUUCUCAUUAUUUACAGCACUGAAACUACUAACAAGCUUUUUCUCACUAUCAUUUGUUUGUUGUUUUAUCACAAAUGUCCACCAUUGUGUGCCUAAUGAACUGAUUCAUUUUUCAGUAUGUGGUUUUUCACUGUUUAGCUUUACUUUUUAAAUAUCUUUUCAGUGCUCCAUGUCAUGAGUGUCUGUUAAAGAACUUGAUGGUGACAGUUUCCCUAUUGAAGAUGUCAUAUUUAUGAAUAACCUCCUAUUUUAUGUGUACAUCUGGUUACAGACUUGCUAUUGUUUUAGCCAUUAAUUCUUUUUUUUUUUUUUUAAUUUUUUGUAAUCUUAUUUUCUGCUGGUUAACCUCUAUGACUGUUGCUAUAAUAUUUUCUUCAUGAUUGAGAAUGUUUUCAUUGAGAAUGUUUACUUACAUAUGUGUCACUAUACAGUAUGUUUGUGCCCUUUUCCUAAAAGAUCUCUCUUUUUGCAGUUAUGUUAAUGUGAUUCACUAUUUUUAGAUAUAAAUGUUUUACAUAUUUGCUCUUCAUUAUGUAUUUCUGAAUGAUUUGCUUUGAGCAUUACACAGUGUUGUUGUUUAUGCCCCAAAUGAAUAAAGUUUUUAUACAACAAAUUGAAAUUAAUGUCUGAAGGAUGCUGAAUCCCUAAUUUACACAAUAUUUUGUACUGAUCUAAUGAAAUACAGUUGUGUCCAGGGAUCCUGAAAAUAUUGUUGUCAUUCAGUCAUCUGUUCAAAUUGUACAUGUAUAAACACAUGCAUUCUUUGACAAAUGUUUGUAUUGAGGAAUGUCAUGUAUUAUAAGAACAUACAAUACAAAUAAAAAUUAUAAAAAAUUGUUAUGCAUUUUAACAAAAU